AUGGCUGGGACACAAACAAUCGAUACAAAUCAUGAAGACAUGAUUCAUGAUGCCCAAUUGGACUAUUAUGGCACCACGUUGGCCACUGCAUCUUCGGAUGAGUCCAUUAAAAUCUUCGAUGUGCGUAACAAAAAGCAAGUAUUGUUGGCCACCCUGCAUGAACACAAGGGUCCUGUAUGGAGUCUGAGCUGGUCCCAUCCGAUGUACGGCAAUCUUUUGGCCUCGUGUGGCUACGAUCGACGGGUGAUUAUUUGGCGCGAACUCGGCGGUCGAUGGGAUAAAGUGUACGAGUAUACAGACCAUACUAGCUCAGGAGGCUUGGAGGGAGCUUAA